AGCUACAUCCUCCGUCCAGUCUGCCUGGCAGAAACAUCAGUAUCACUAGAGUCUAAGAGCAUGCAACACCCUCCUUCCUUAUUGUGAGCUAGUGGUUGUUCUGGUUUUUUUUUUUUCUUUUUUUCCUCAUCACAGGUGGACUGGAUAAAAAGAGCCAUCUAAACUGAACAGUCUUCCUGUUAAUUUCUCAUUGAUAAGCUAUAGAUAAGCUACACCUUUGCUGCUAGCAGAAUAGAUCUGUUUAGAGCAACAACUGUAGUAAACCAGAAUCCUCUACCAGAGAGUUACCCAGCUGGUGCUAUGUCAAACUUCGUAGCUCCAGAAAUUAAAAAAUUUGUCGUUUGGGACUACGUUGUUUUUGCAGGACUAUUUUUAGUAUGUGCUAGCAUUGGAGUCUUUUUUGCAAUUAAGGAGAGAAAAAAAAAAACUUCAAAGGAGUUUUUGGUGGGUGGUAAGCAGAUGUCAUGCGGACCAAUAGCCUUCUCCCUCACAUCCAGCUUCAUGUCAGCAGUGACAGUUCUGGGGACACCCUCCGAAGUUUAUCGCUAUGGAGCAUCCUUCGUUCUUUUCUUUCUUUCAUACACAUUUGUCAUCAUUUUAACUUCUGAGCUUUUUCUACCUGUAUUUUACAGAUCUGACAUUACAAGCACUUAUGAGUAUUUGGAGUUAAGAUUUAACAAGACUGUCCGUCUUGCUGCAACACUGAUCUACAUCCUGCAGACGAUCCUUUACACAGGAAUAGUGGUUUAUGCUCCAUCACUGGCUCUCAACCAAGUCACUGGAUUUGAUCUCUGGGGCUCGGUAGUUGCAACAGGAAUUGUCUGCACUUUCUAUUGCACUACAGGAGGAUUAAAAGCUGUUGUCUGGGCAGAUGCAUUUCAAAUGGUGAUUAUGGUGCUUGGCUUCGUGACUGUUUUGAUUCGAGGUACUAUUCUGAAUGGUGGGUCAACCAGGAUCUGGGAAGAUGCCUAUGAAGGAUCACGACUAAACAUAUUUGACUUUGAUGUAGAUCCUUUAAGACGACAUACCUUUUGGACAAUUGUUAUUGGGGGAACCUUUACGUGGCUAGGACUCUACGGAGUUAAUCAGUCCACAAUACAGAGAUGCAUUUCUUGCAAAUCAGAGAAGCAUGCAAAGAUGGCACUUUACCUGAAUUUACUGGGACUUUGGAUAGUUCUGGUGUGUGCAGUAUUUUCCGGUUUGGUGAUGUAUGCUCAUUACAAGAAUUGUGAUCCUUGGACUGCUGAUUUCAUUUCAGCUCCAGAUCAGCUCAUGCCAUAUUUUGUUAUGGACAUUUUUUCUUCGAUGCCAGGAGUCCCGGGACUAUUCGUCGCCUGUGCAUUCAGUGGAACAUUAAGCACAGUGGCAGCUAGCAUCAAUGCUUUAGCAACUGUUACCUUUGAAGACUUGGUCAGGAAAUGUUUCCCAAACCUGUCUGAGAAGACAAGCACGUGGACCAGCAAAGGCUUGUGUAUAUUAUAUGGUGUUUUGUGCACGUCCAUGGCUGGAGCAGCAUCACUGAUGGGAGGAGUUGUACAGGCUGCCCUCUCCAUUCAUGGAAUGUGUGGAGGGCCCAUGCUGGGAUUAUUUACUCUUGGAAUAAUCUUUCCUUGUGUUAACUGGAAGGGUGCAAUCGGAGGCUUCCUCACUGGGAUCACCCUGGCUUUCUGGGUUGGCAUUGGCUCCUUCAUCUAUCCUGCACAGCCUGUAAAGACCAUUCCCCUGGAGCUGUCAACUCUCAACUGCACGCUGGCAAAUAGCACAGCCCUGUCGACCACAGCAACUCCCAUCAUGGUUGCUGACAGGCCUCUGCUGGCAGAUACGUGGUACUCCCUGUCCUACCUCUACUUCAGUACCAUCGGCUGCCUGGGCUGCAUCAUCUCAGGGCUGCUCAUCAGCUUUGCAACAGGGCCUACCAAAGGUGAAGACAUCCGCCCAGUGCUAAUUAAGCCAGUCUGCAACUUCUUUUGCUUCUGGUCAGAAAGGCUCAAGAUGUUGCUGUGGUGUGGCGUGCAGCACAACAGCCAGGAUGAAGAUUUUGAAAAAAAUCUGCCUGCAGUUAUCACAGAUACAACUGGAACAGAAGACACCUUCAAGAACAAUAUCAACAAAGAAAACACAAGCCAGUUGCCUGGUUACAAUCCUGAGGAAAAAUCCUAUACAAAUAUGAGCAAAGAAUCUCGUCUCUAGAAGCUGAGGAAAGCACCUUCUAGAUGACCAAGAAAGACCUGCCCUCUAUAGCAAUAAAGACCAGAUUUUUAUUUAUGAAUUUCUUGACAGAAAUGAGAAACUGUAACACAAUGUUCUUUUUGGAAGGUCUGCUAUUUCAAAAGAAAUGUUUCAUGAAUCUUGUCAUGGAAACUACUAGGAAGUAGCUGCAAUAUGUCAAUACCACAUUCUCUGUUCAGUAACUAGUCAUUGAAGGGUAAUGUGCAAAGGUGAACUUGAGAUAAAACAAGACUUCAGAUAAGCUUCUGGGGUCUCUCACUAAGGUAAGACUCUGAACUGGCCUCUGAUGGAGGUCAUGCUCUCUCCACUGCAGACAGAGGAAGGCCAGGGGAGAGGAGGAGGUCUGCGCCUAUUCUAGGUGUCACAAAAAGCCUCUGCACAGAAACGCUGUAUAGACCAGACUGGUCUUCUAUUGACUGUGUUUGUUGUGCUUGCUUCCUCUGUGGAACUAAGAUGUCUUUAUAAUGUCUUAUUCCAAGCAAUAGGAGAGGGUAACAAAUUUUACUACAAAUUCAGGAUAGUUCUUUAUCCAUAUCAGUCUUUGAAAGACAUCCUUUUAGCUUGAAAAGGUUAUCUUCAGCCUUUUUGUUUGGUUGAAUGUUUGUGUAUCUUUUUUUUUGUUUGUUUGUUUUGUUUUUUUUUGUUUGUUUGUUUUUAAGCUGCAAAAUCCUCUUACUAGCUGUAAGCAAUAAAUAAACUGUCAUUUUAUAAUACCUCCUAAUUGAGAAUCCAUGAGAAUUUUGAAUAAAGCACAUCAUGAGGUGAAAUAA